AUGGCGACCGUUGAAAAGACCAAACAACAACCCAAGAAGCUCCCCAUCCAAGAGGACCUCUCCGACGGUGAAGACUAUGACAGCGCCGAUGACUAUACCGACGAGGAGUAUGAGGAGGAAGUACCACAAACCAAGACCCAAAAGGGAAAACAGCUCCAGAAGAAACCCCUACAGAAACAGAAACAACCCGUUCAACAAUACGAUGAUGACGAAUACACGGACGGAUCAGAGUAUGACGAGUACGAAUACUCCGAUGACGAUGAAGCCGUGCAGCCCUACUCAAAUGAAAAUUCAGACUUCAGGCCCAACGGAGGCAUGGAUGUCCUUCACAAGGAGGAAAAGUCAAUGCUGGAUGAGGAAGGCAUGAAGUUAAGAUUGGAACUGAAUCUGGAAAUCGAGGUCGAGCUCAAGGCACGCAUCCACGGUGACCUCACCCUAGCUCUCAUGUAA